CAGAAAACUUCCAGCCCGGGCAGCGCGCGCUUGGUGCAGGACGCAGGAGCGAGCAGCCCGUCCCCCUCCGACUCUCCGGUGCCGCUGCCGCCUGCUCCCGCCACCCGAGGAGGCGCGGUGCCACCCACUGCUCCGUCCUUUGCUUGCGCUCAGUGCCCAACUCGAUCCCGGCAGAAUCUCCCCAUCCUCCUUUUGCUUUCCGACUGCCCAAGGCGCUAUUUGUUUUCUCUCUCUCUUUCUCUUUCUUGCUCUGCGAGCGCGGAGCGGGGGGGAAGAGGAGGAGGAAUUCUUUCCCCGCCUAACAUUUCAAGGGACACAAUCCACUCCAAGUCUUUUCCAUUUCCAAGCCGCUUCCGAAGUGCUACCGGUGACCGCAACUUCUGAUCCCAAACCGAGAGGGGAGCCUCCCAACUUCAAACCCUCUUUUCCCUUUCCUUCGCUUUCCUCCUCCUCUCGCUACCUCCACCUCCACCGCCACCUCCACCUCCGGCACCCACCCACCGCUGCCGCCGCCACCAGCAGCGCCUCCUUCUCCUCCUCCUCCUCCCCUCUUCUCUCUUUUUGGCAGCCGCUGGACGUCCGGUGUUGAUGGUGGCAGCGGCGGCAGCCUGAGCAGCAGCAGUCCUCGCAGCACGCCAGCUCUCGCCCACCCUGCCUCAUUCCCCAGCCGUAUCGCCCGAUCUCCCGUAAGGUGCUGGGCACAUUUGGGGCGGCGGAGGCGAAGCGGCUGCGGCGGCGGUAGCAGCGGCGGCGGCAGCGGUAGCGGCGGCGGCGGGAGGCAGGAUGAGCGCACGCGGUGAAGGCGCCGGGCAGCCGUCCACUUCAGCCCAGGGACAACCUGCCGCCCCGGCGCCUCAGAAGAGAGGACGCGGCCGACCCAGGAAGCAGCAGCAAGAGCCAACCGGUGAGCCCUCUCCUAAGAGACCCAGGGGAAGACCCAAAGGCAGCAAAAACAAGAGUCCCUCCAAAGCAGCUCAAAAGAAAGCAGAAGCCACUGGAGAAAAACGGCCAAGAGGCAGACCUAGGAAAUGGGCCUGGAAAAAAAUAUCUGCAGUGUGACCCUCUCAUCCGAUGUGAUUGGAAUCGGCAGUUGGUAGGAUGCUCAGGAGUUGACUAACCCAAAGUGUGUACGUAGAUGUAGAGAAGAAACUUGCAUUAGUCUCGCUUCAGCAAGGGGAUGGACCGUUGGCUAAUCCAGUGAGUAUAUUAGCUGGAUUUUGAUUAAGCGCACUUUUAUUCUUUCCUUUAUUCUGCCUGUGCCCCCUCCAAACCCCCUGGUUUGAAUUAGAUUUUGGAUCUAUUACUUUAAUGAGCUAAUCUGGACUUCUACUUUAAAAAAUUAUUUUUGGUGUGGAGGAGAUGAGAGGUGUAAAGGAAGGAGAGAGAAGUGGGACCUAAAUUUUCCUCCUGGUCUUAUAGUUGGGAGCUCAGGAUCUGGAUUCAGACGGCUUGGGUUCAAAUUCUGGCCCAUCACUUGACUAAUUGUGGAAUCUUGAGCAGAUCUGGUUUCCUUAUCUCUAAAAAGGUGGAAAGAGCAACACAUUUUUCAUAGUUGUUAGAUAGAUACAUUUUUCAUACAUAGAAUUGUUGUGGGGAUUAAAUAAGAUCAGGCAUGCAAAGGGCUUAAUAAAAGGCGUAGCACAUUCGAGCGCUCAAAUAAUGUUAGAUAAUACGAUUAAUUCCACGUUUAAUUCUUCAUUUUCAUGUAGUUACCACCGACAGCCUAAGCCCUACUUACUUACAGCUACCAGUAGUCACACACACGGAGGGAGGUGACCGUCAUGCAUCACACCAGCCAAGCACCCUUGGUGGUAUCAUUAUGUCUUUAAUGUAUCGAGGCUUAGUAUCAUCAAACUUAAGAACUGCUUAUAAAUAAUCCUAAAGUACAUUUUGAAUCUAUUUUCAGUUAAGGGGAAAAUUGUACAUAGCAGUUUCUAAGCCUCUCUUCUAAUUAUAGAGUUUUGGUGUCAUGCGUUGUUCAUCAGUCUGAAAAGUGUGCUUCCUCCUGUGUGUCUCAAUAUGCACGUCCAGAGACGUGCUGGUUUCUUGGAACCUCCGUAGAAUUCCAUUAGUCCUUCUGCCAGUUGAGACGAGGCAUUUAAUAUUUGCCUCUCUCAGUUUUUGCCUAGGAAGCGAGCUCAUCACAGAACAGAUUUAGUGAUGGAAACUAUUUGGAAGAAGUUUUAGAGAAUGGAGCGAACUCUCAAGAAGAUGCGAACCUGGAAGAUGAAAGCCUCCAUCCAGAUGUUGCUUAGGGAAGCGACUAGUGCUUCUGGAGGGGGAAAAAAAAAAGCAAGGACAGAAUAAUAAAGAGUAAAGCAGUGGGAACAAAGAUGUUUGUAGGUGUUUUGUUUUCAGAAUACCUUUAUGAGAAAGGAAACAGGACAGAAGGGAAGUAUACCCCCAAUAUGAAUUCAUGGUUUGUAAAGAGAAAACACCAACCAACCAAUCAAGCAGCCAACACUCUGGAGAUACUGAGAUUUACCUAGAAACUGAACCAAGGACGAGUUGCUGAAACUGGACUUUGGUCACUAACGAAGCCCAGCUGUUUUGGGGGAGGGGUUGUUCACUCUUUAUUUGGGAAUGGGGUGUGUGCAGUGCACUGAUUUGAAAAUAUGCAUUUCCAUUGCAUCUCUUUUGAGGAGGCAGUUGUCUUUUCAGAGCUUGUGAUGCACAGGAAAGUGAUGUAAUUUCAGCUGUUAGUCAGACGUGAGGAUUCUAGAGAGGCAACAAAGGCUUUUUGUUUUUUCAAGUUUGAAGACAUCUAGAAACUUCAGCGAUGAUGUGAAGAUCAAGUACAGGAAAUUAAAUCAGCACAAAACCUAUUACAAACUAGAUUGAUUAACACUCUUUGGAUUUCUUCUAAAGACCCCAAGCAUUAGUGUAUUGAGGAACCUGGGAAUCUGAUGUGGAAGCUCAAACAUUAGGUUUUCAUUUCCAUGACUUUUCCCUCCAGAUGUUUGUCCCCCCCUUUUUUUUUAACUUUCAGCCAUUUGUAAUUUAACACUUGCUUUUUUAAACUGAAGUAUAACUUUGAUGUUUAGAAAGAAAUAUCCAAUAAUGCAUAUUGCAGAUAAUUGUAACUUUUUAUGGGAGUCGGAGGGGAGGAAGUGACUUUGAUAUAACAUCAAGAGCUGCUAAUGGAGUGUGUGGAGGCAAAACCAUUUUC